AUGGCGCUGGCGGCGGUCCGUGCGCGGGUGCUGCGCUGCUUGAGCCGCUCCUCGCUCGCUGUCCGGAGCUGCGGCGGCUGCGCUCAUCUCCCCCCCGGCGGCUACGGCGCUUGGCAGGAGCGGGCGGCCCGCGACCCCGCCGCUUUUUGGGCGGAUGCGGCGCGGGGGGCUCUGCGUUGGGACAGUCCCUUCCACACGGCCCGCGAGGCCGCCCCGGCCGGCGCCGGAGCCCGCUGGUUCCUGGGCGGCCGCCUCAACGUUUCGGUAAAUUGCUUGGACCAACAUGUUGAAAAGUCCCCAGACAGAGUGGCUUUGAUAUGGGAGAGAGAUGAGCCUGGAACUGCAGUGCAUGUCACAUACAGGAAACUUCUGGACCUGACCUGCCGUCUUGCCAACACCCUGAAGAAAUAUGGGAUACAGAAAGGAGACAAGGUUGCCAUCUAUAUGUCCGCGUCUCCCCUGUCUGUGGCAGCCAUGCUGGCUUGUGCCAGGAUUGGUGCUGUUCACACCGUGGUCUUCGCAGGAUUCAGUGCAGAGUCCUUAGCUGGAAGGAUCAUGGACUCUGAAUGCAAAGCAGUUAUCACCUACAAUCAGGGAGUCAGGGGAGGCAGAAUCAUAGAGCUGAAGAUGACGGUGGAUGAAGCUGUAAAGAACUGCCCAAGUGUCAAGCAUGUCUUUGUGGCACAGAGGACAGAUAACAAAACCCAGAUGGGUGACCUUGACGUUCCUCUUGAAGAAGAGAUGGCCAAGGCGGCUUCUGUAUGCACUCCAGAGAGCAUGGACAGUGAAGACAUGCUUUUCAUGCUGUAUACCUCAGGCAGCACAGGGAAACCCAAAGGAAUUGUUCACACCCAGGCUGGAUAUCUGCUGUAUGCUGCUCUCACGCAUAAGUAUGUGUUUGACUACCAGCAAGGCGAUGUCUUCGGCUGUGUGGCUGACAUUGGCUGGAUCACAGGACACAGCUAUGUUGUGUAUGGACCACUUUGCAAUGGAGGCACCACGGUGCUGUUUGAAAGCACACCAGUGUACCCUGACCCAGGCCGUUACUGGGAAAUGGUACAGAGGCUGAAAAUAAAUCAGUUUUAUGGAGCACCUACAGCUAUACGCUUGUUGUUGAAUUAUGGAGACAAGUGGGUGAAGAAAUACGACAGAUCAUCCCUGAAGACCCUGGGAUCAGUGGGAGAGCCUAUUAACAACGAGGCUUGGCAGUGGUUCUACCAAGUGGUGGGAGAAGGGCGCUGUACCCUCGUGGACACUUGGUGGCAAACAGAAACUGGUGGCAUCUGCAUUGCCCCACGGCCUUCAGAGGAGAAAGCUGAUAUCAUUCCAGCUAUGGCUAUGAGACCCUUCUUUGGGAUUUUCCCUGUUCUGAUGGAUGAAAAUGGAAAGGUUUUAGAGGGCAAUGACGUGUCCGGUGCACUCUGCAUCACGGAGCCGUGGCCUGGCUUGGCAAGAACAAUCUACAGAGAUCACCAGCGAUUUGUUGAUACGUAUUUCAAGACCUAUCCAGGUUACUAUUUCACAGGGGAUGGUGCUUACAGGACCAAAGAAGGCUAUUACCAGAUAACAGGGCGUAUGGAUGAUGUCAUUAACAUCAGCGGACACAGGCUUGGGACAGCAGAGAUAGAAGAUGCAAUGGCUGAUCAUCCUGAUGUCCCUGAGACAGCUGUGAUUGGGUAUCCUCAUGAAAUCAAAGGAGAAGGUGCCUUUGCUUUCAUAGUGCUCAAAGAGCAGACAGCUCAUACAGACCAUGUCAAAGAAGAGCUCAAAACUAUAGUGGCUACCAAAAUAGCAAAGUAUGCUGUGCCUGACCACAUUCUGGUGGUGAAGCGCCUUCCUAAAACCCGAUCAGGGAAGAUCAUGAGGAGGCUGCUGAGGAAAGUAGUCACAGAGCAAUCAAGUAACAUGGGAGAUGUCACCACACUUGACGAUCCGAGCGUCGUCGCAGAGAUACUGGAUGCGUACCAGAAAUACAAAAAGGAGAAGAGUUCCUCAUAGCAGAUGCCUUUGGAAUAUCUCUGCUCUGGAAAUGUGGAGGGUCUUGAAUGACGAGGCAAACAACAUGGUUCUCUCUUGGUGUAUUCUGCAAAACUCUGUUCCCUUCUAGAGAAAUAGGAUUUCUUCUCCACAAAGUGUUUUGAGUUGUUCAGAGCUAGGAGGCAUCUGCUGGCUUGCACAGUCAGGGAGCUCCUUUUCACUGCUUCUAGAGCUGAUGUAGAAAAGCCAUUGGCAGUUUCCAUUAGCUGUGGUGAAAAUAAUACGAGGUAAAACAAGAUAAAGAUGUUAAUAUUUCUCAUUUCAAUGGUUUUAUACAAGGAAAUGUUUUUAUAUUAUACUUCCGUUUUUUUUAAGAGCAGCCUUGGAAUAUAUUCCUUCUAUUUUUCCUUCAGCUUGGAUAUCCAAGUUGAAGUAGUUGUUUUUAACUGCAACUGUGGUGCCUUUUCAGCAAUGCAGGGUUUUUAGUAGAUAUUUCAUAUGUAUUAUUAGGGAAAUGAGAAGGACAUGGCUAAUCAGAUAUUUAUCUCAUGCUCUGAUAAUUCCUGUGGCUUUCCUCAUAAUAACUUGUGCCUUCCACUAUAUUUCCAGAACUUCCCUGGAACACCUACACAACCCAGCAUUAGAACUUUCAACUACAAAACUGAGCCACAAAGCCUAUGUCUGAACUCUGCACAUCCGCAGUGCAUUGCCAGGGAACUGGUCCCAGGUGUUUUCAUUCUCCUUUAAGAGACUGAGAUCACCAACUGGGAUUUUAGGGCAACUUUCCUCUUCCUCAUUAGUGAUGACAAUUUCUGCAGUUGUCUUUGUUUCUUCAAGUCAUUAUGAAAAGGAAACCAUAUUUACUUUGCUAGAGGAGCAUGGGGGAAUAAAAUCCCAAAGUGUUCAAGAGAGGUUUGAAGCUAAAGAGAUGUGCUAGAAGGUUUGUUGUGACUUGCUGAGUUGCAUGAUUUCUAGUCAAUGAAUGGUUAUUUUAGCCCACUCCCAAGUGAUCUGUAAUCUGACAGGUAAUCAACAAAGACAGGCACCCAAUUUGAAGGUAGGUUGGUUCUUUCAUCAGAAGUUGUCUUAAUGCUUGUCAUUUCAAGAUGUCCCCUGCCAUGUCUGUCCCUUCCAUAUGCUGCUGUGCUGAUCUUCCAGCACAUGCCAUGCCGGUACACACAGAUUGCACAAUCCACAAGGAGAAGGAAGUGCCUCUUAGAUGCUUUCUGGGAAAUGAUGGUGGUAUUCCAGACUAGCAACCUCAGAAUAACAGGAAACAACAGUCUUUGUCUUUCAUAUGCUUUUCACAGCAAGGAGUGGUGAGUUUUUGGCCAGCAAAGAAUCUGGUCCAAAUGGGGAAGACAACUGUCAAUAUGAUAUGUUCUCAGUCAGGCCUGUUGCCUUUGAUCUCAGAGUUCCUUUUGAGUAUGUUAGGUACGUUUGUUGUUGGAUUUUUAAAUCUAUGUGUCUCCAGGGUCUGGGUAAUACAGCAGGGAAGAUCAUACUUUGUUGCGGUUCCCAUCCUUCUGACUGCAAUCCAUUUUUGCCUAAGGUAAGUAUACAUCCUGUGGACUUUGUGGGAAGUCGAGGAUCAAAAAGUUUCACAUAGCUGACAGACAUUAAUAUUUCGGGAGACAGCCACUACAUACAUCCUCUAUUGCCACUGCAGAAAUAAAACCCCUCUUCCUUAAGUGAUUUUCAAGUGGGAAGCUGACAGUAGUUAAUGCUUUUGACAGAAAAGUAGACUCUCUUGUUUAGACAGGCUGUCUGCACACGCAAUCUCCCCCACACAGUCUGAAAUAUAGGGUGGAGAAAGAGAAGUGGUCUUUGAACAAAAUCAUACACUUUGAUGAAGAAAGCAUUUUCUAUAUUACUGAAUUUCCAUGUGAAGGUCCAGUAUUCGCUGACAUUGGAUCUAAUUCAUCUGAACUGCCUCACAAGGACUGGCUUUGUGCUUUGGUGCACUGAGACACUGUUAUCCAAUUCAUCUGGUGAGGAAAAAGGGGAGAUAAGUGUACUGCUUCACGUGCAUCUGUGUAUAUUCUGAGGCCCCUUUGGAUGCUCAUAGAGAGCACAUGGUACUGUCAUAGUACUACUGUUAGAGUUAUCAGAGUCAGAAGAGAUCACUAAGAUAAUCAUGUCCAAUUGUCAGCCUAUCACCACCACUAACCAUGACCUUCAGUUCCACAUCUCCACAUCUGUAGAACGUGCAUUAAGUUUGCCAGCCUUAGAAGUCCUCCUUUCAUCUUUUUUUCUGUAAUCUCUAAUUGCACUGGUUGCAUUACCAGUCCUAGUCUGAGUAGAGCUGAGCAUGUUGCUAUUUCCUGGAUGUGGUGAGCACCAGCAGUGGUGUUUGUCAGCAGUGCUUUCGGCUUCGUGUGCAGCUGUUUUGUCACCCAUCCAGACUUUGCUUUGAGGAGGGGCUCAGCCUGCAGAACUGGCACUGAGGUCCUCAGUUCUUGAAAUACUAGGAGAAAGAUGCCACUAGCAAAAGACUUCAGGCCUGCUGCCUUUUGAGCUGAUCCACUGAUGCAUUCAUCAGUGGGGAAAGUAUACUUGGAAUACUUCAUAGUGGGAUCAUGGGAUAUUCUUGUGUAUGGUUGAUUCAUUUGGGAAAGCAAAACUGAUGGACCUUUGUGCAUCCACGAUUAAUGUGGGGGUGAUGUGCUAGAUUGCAUUUGUAACCUCAUCAGAAGAGUUUCAGAGUUUGUUUUACCUGCUGCAGUCUGACACAAAGGGCAAAUGAAAACACUCAACAAGGGAGACAAGGCCUGGUAGGGAAAGAGCCUCUAGGUCUGCUGCGGCAGCAUCUAGUAGUAGCAUAACCUUGUCAUGCCUGUCCAUCGUGUUCUUACCUCAUUUUCCCACUCAGAUGUACCCAUGGAAGCUGAUCUUCGUGCCUUUUUUCCCACCCAAGAGACCAGACCACAAUUUUCUUAAUUUUAGGAAACAAAAAGGCAUCUCCUAGAGGUGAUGUGUGUUGUACAGAUUAACAUUUUGCUGUUGUUAACUGUCAUACUUUACAUUUAUUGUCAUUGACCGAAAUCCGUGAUCUCCGUAUUCAGAUUUUCAUUAAAAGAAGCACCCACUUCUGCGUGA